AUGUAAAAAACAUUUUUGGUUUCAGGGUUGACACUCCUUUUAAGCACAAUAGGUUACAUCCAAAAUCAAUAACCCGUUGAUAAUGUCUCCAGGGCGUUUGAAAGAUUUAAGAUGAGAUAUUUAAAAUCUUACGAAUUAGCUGAAGAAGCUUUUAGAAGAGCCAUAUUUGAAUAGAACUAUGCAAAAAUUUUAGCUCACAAUGCUGACAGGAAAUUUACAUACUUAGCUGAUAUUAAUCAAUUCACCGAUUUGACUUAGGAUGAAUUUGUUGCUAUCUAUUUGACCUAUACCCCACCUAUGGGAUGGUAACCAUCUGAUGAAGAAGUCGUGUAAGAAGGUCUUAUACCAAAUGAAAAAGUUGAUUGGAGAUCAAAAGUUCGUGUUAAGAGCCAAGAAAGUUGCGGAGCUAGUUGGGCCUUUUCUGCAGUUGGUGCUGUAGAAGCUUUCUUUAAAAUCACAAAAAAUCUAGAUUACAAUUUAUCUGAAUAAUAAUUAAUUGAUUGUGAUAAGGCUAAAAGCAAAGGAUGUAAUGGAGGUUAUCCAGAUUUGGCUAUCAAAUAUAUUUCAACUAAUGGAGUAGAACCUGAAGAUCACUAUCCUUAUAGGGCUAGAGAUUUAGCAUGUGCAGCUAUAACAGGAAGAUAUAAAAAUUCAGGUGUUUAAAGCAUUCCCAAUUCAGGUUUAAUAGUCGCAAUAAAGGAAUAUCCAAUUUCCGUUUGUGUUGAUGCCACAAAUUGGAGUAACUAUAGAAUGGGAGUUUUUAAUAACUGCAACAAGAAUAUCAAUCAUGCAGUUCUGGCAGUAGGUUAUGAUGCUUCAGGUAAUUGGAUCAUAAAGAACUCUUGGGGAACAAGCUGGGGAGAAAAUGGUUUUAUGACUUUAAAAGCAGGAGAUACUUGUGGUGUUACUUAAAUGGCUGUCAAAGCAAUUUGA